AUGCGGCGCGCAGCCGGCGCAGUCAGGAGACGGAGGUGCUGUACCAGCUGGCGCACACGCUCCCCUUCGCGCGCGGUGUCAGCGCGCAUCUGGACAAGGCUUCCAUCAUGCGCCUCACCAUCAGCUACCUGCGCAUGCACCGCCUCUGUGCUGCAGCUGGAGCUCAUCGGACACAGUAUCUUUGAUUUUAUCCAUCCCUGUGACCAAGAGGAACUGCAGGAUGCCCUGACCCCCAGGCCAAGCCUGUCCAAGAAGAAGCUGGAAGCCCGCACAGAGCGCCACUUUUCCUUGCGUAUGAAGAGCACACUUACCAGCAGGGGGCGCACGCUGAACCUCAAAGCUGCCACUUGGAAGGUGCUGCACUGCUCAGGACAUAUGAGGGCCUACAAGCCCCCUGCACAGACUUCCCCCACCGGGAGCCCUCGCUCCGAGCCUCCCCUGCAAUGCCUGGUGCUUAUCUGUGAAGCCAUCCCCCAUCCAGCCAGUCUGGAGCCCCCUCUGGGGCGAGGGGCCUUUCUCAGCCGCCACAGCCUGGACAUGAAGUUCACGUACUGCGACGAGAGGAUCGCAGAAGUCGCUGGCUACAGCCCUGAUGACCUGAUUGGCUGUUCUGCCUAUGAAUACAUCCACGCACUGGACUCUGAUGCAGUCAGCAGAAGCAUCCACACUUUGCUGAGCAAGGGCCAGGCGGUAACAGGGCAGUAUCGCUUCCUGGCCCGGACCGGAGGCUACCUGUGGACUCAGACUCAGGCCACAGUGGUGACCGGGGGGCGGGGCCCCCAAUCAGAAAGUAUCAUCUGUGUCCACUUCCUGAUCAGCCGGAUAGAAGAGACUGGAGUGGUGCUGUCCCUGGAACAAACAGAACAGCACACUCGCAGACCCCCUCAACGGGGCACCUUCUCGCAGAAGGGUAUCCCUGGCAACAAUCUAGACCCACCUGCUCCCCGGAUCCUGGCCUUUCUGCACCCUCCGGCCCUGAGUGAGGCCUCCCUGGCUGCUGACCCUCGCCGUUUCUGUAGCCCAGACCUGCGCCGCCUCAUGGCACCCAUCCUGGAUGGGCCUCCCAUAGCCGCCACCCCCAGCACCCCACAGGCUACCCGGAGACCCCAAAGUCCUCUUCCGGCUGAUCUCCCAGAUCAGUUGCACAGGGGCUUAGAGAAGGCAUACAGACUCUCUGCUGCCCGGAAAAACAAGACUGCGGAGACAGAUCUAGAUAGAGCUCAGGACCCUGACGCUCUGGACUUGGAGAUGCUGGCUCCCUACAUCUCCAUGGAUGAUGACUUCCAGCUCAACUCCAGCGAGCAAUUGCCCAGAACCCACCGCAGACCUCCUGGGGUGGCCCGAAGACCCCGUGCUCGGAGCUUCCACGGCCUGUCGCCCCCCAUCCCUGAGUCCUCCCUGCUGCCCCGCUGGGGGAGUGAUCCACGACUGAACUGCUCCAGCCCCUCCAUGGGGGAUUCCCCCACAGCCUCCCUAAUGGCUGGAACUCGUAAGAGGGCACUGUCCCAGAGCUCAGAGGACAAAGGGGCAGAGCAGCUGGAAACGAAGCCUGCCAAGCGGUCCCCCAGCCUAGAACCUGGAAGCUUCCGGCUGCCUCCCCUCAGCCUGAGUUUCCUCCUGCAAGGUCGACAGUUCCUGGGGAACCAGCAGGAUCCCAGAACCCCACUUCUGGAUUCCCAUGAGCCCUUGGGCCUAGCUCCCUCGCUGCUCUCUCUCUACCAACAUGAGGAAACUAUCCAGUCUAGGAACCACAUCCCAUCAGCAGCAAGCUUGGCCCAGGCCCACUGA